AGGCUUGGAAGGUGCGUCAGGCCGCCUAUAAAGAGGUCGCCGCAGAGUUUACUAAAUGCGAUUCGACUGAUCCGUUGGGCCGGAAGUACCAGCAACAAGUUCCAAAAUGGAUCGUCGAGACCACAGCCAUUCCGCAGGAAGACGCAUACGAUGCGGUGCUCGCUUACGUAGACGCCUUCGGGAGUGAUAGUGAAGGGUUUACGACAUCACUAAUCGAAGGCCUUGUCGCAAAAGGUUUUACGACGCGCCCGAAGACACGUGUCAAGGCACAAGAGCUAUGUUUGCUGCUCACGGAGGUUGGCUCGGGCAAGCCCGUUGCACACACUCUGCUAACAGUAGGCACCAAGUCCAAGACCCCUAAGGUGGUAAUCGGCAGUGUGGAAUUUCUGUACACCAUUGUCAAAACGUUUGGUGGGAAACCGUUCGACAUAAAGGAGAUUGGGGCGGGUUUACCUACCAUGUUCGGCAGUGCGAAUGCCGCGGUGCGCGAAUGGGCCCACAAACUGGCCGUGACCGUCUACCAGAUUGCAGGACCAGCGCCCAUGCACCAAUGGCUGAAGGAUAUUAAACCAAUUCAAUUGGCUGAGCUCGAGAAGGAUUUUAGAAAAGCUGAGCACCCAUUGGUUCCCCUUAAACAGCUGAGGGGAGCGGGAGACAGAGACGGCGCAAACAAUGGCACGGACGGUCCGUCGCCGAUGGAGUUUGAAGAAAAAGAACCCGAAGAAUAUAUUGACGACACCGAGCCCUACGAUUUUCUCUCUAACAUGCCCGACGAGUUCUACGAGAAUAUAGUAC